AUGUCCAAAUUAAUAUCAGACAAAUGGAAGAAAGAACCUCUGCACGUAAAGAGCUACUGGGACAAAAUCGCCGAAAGAGAAAAAUUAAAAGAAACGCGCAUUAGUGGAGAAUAUAACGGCAGAAUAGAUAUAUCAAUAUCUAUGUCUACUGUCAACGAUUUUAAUUCAAUUACAUUCGUUAAUUCUACAAUCAAUAAUAAAACAAACUUCUCACAUUCAUUUGAUAAUUGUACUAUGUCCACUAUACCCGAGAGCUCUAAUUUUUCCGUCGACCCUUUCCUACCCUUAACGGAUCCAUUAUCUGACGAAUUCAACUUACCUGGAGAAAAUUUCAUGUCUUCAGAUUCUUCCACAGAUGUCCCCUCUUCUUACCUUCCGUUGCCGCCUUUAUUCCUCAAUGAAUGA